CAUCUGAAAAAGAUGUUGCCUAAACGUCUCGUCGUUGGCGUCAUAAGCCUUUGUCUUAUGAUCAGAUGCACUGGGGGUAAUGAGGGGUGUGGGGCCUCCAUUAGAGGGGCGUGUCCUCCUGCCUGGAUCCAGUGGGGUGACAAAUGCUACAAGAAACUCAGCGGGAAACUACCAUGGGCUGAGGCAAAACAGGAGUGCAUCAAGAUGGGAAGUGUCUUGGUCAUGCCACAGUCUCAGGAGGAAACUGACUUCCUUCUGAAGAACCUGAUCCGCCACUUUUGGAUCGACUGCACUUAUCAGCAAAUUGAAGGUACAUGGGUGUGUCAAGAUGGCACUACUGAUGUGGAGUACAGAAACUGGAGGGAGGAGACUGGUGAACCUAAUAAUGGCGGGAAAGGAGAAGAUUGUGCAGUAGCAGCGGGGGAGUCUGGUUGGAAUGAUGUACCAUGUGGGGGUCUCGAUCGUGUAAUUUGCAAACGACCUGCACCACAGCUGCACUUUUAA